GCGACGGAGAGUUUUCCUAGCAACGCUUGUAAACGGAGGUUUUUCCGAGAUGAGGAGGGAUUUCGGGAUGGCGUUGUAGGAUCUGUCGUGUUGCUAGGAGGAGCCUCCCCGGCCCUCGGAGGGGAAUCUAGCGCGUCACGCCGAGCUCAGGCCCAGGGCUGACAUCACCGCGCACCGCCUGACUCCAGAGCCGGGAGGGGACGGGCGAGCCGGGGCCGCGCCGUGUUGGGGGCCUCGGUGUUGUGCUGCUGUCGCGGUUGUGAAACCAAACACCAGGCAAAAGGACAGGAAACUGCUGUCGAAUUCCGGACGAAAAAAAAAAACUCAAUUACAGAAAGAAAAUCUUAAGCUGUACCAUCCGCUGCCGGUGUCGGAUAAACUUGCCAGGACUUCCCAUCUGCCUCUCCUGGGGGAGGCCUGUUUCGGAAAAGCAUCAUCGCUGUAGAGUAGGAAGCGCUUGCCGGGGAUUUGAGCUCUUUUCCGGGUUUGGACGGCCCAUGGGGAGAUCGGUGGACGAUGCUUGAUUCUGCCGUCGCUGGGCUCGCUGGCCCGCUGCAGACCGAUCGCCACGCCAUGGUUGACGCGCCCCGCCGGAUCGCCCAGGGAGGGCUCCCCAAACUCUCUCAAUGAUCGUAGCUGCCUGGCUUGUAUUCUGUGCCAGCAGGAGCCUUGCCCAGGGUCUGCUGCUAACCCUUGAGCUGCACCUUCGAAGACUUUGGGAAACGUCCACGGCCGUCGCCAUGGGCAACAGCUGCGUGUGCAGGGAGGAGAGCGACGUGGAGGACGGCGCGGCGCCCCGCGGGCCGCUGCGGCAGGCGGACCACCGCGGCGCCGGCGCCGAGCCCGAGGCCCGCAGCCGCCCCCGAGACCCGGUCAGGCCGCCCCGCCGCGGGCGCGGGCCCCACGAGCCCCGGAGGAAGAAGCAGAACGUGGACGGGCUGGUCCUGGACACCCUGGCUGUGAUCAGGACGCUGGUGGACAAUGACCAGGAACCACCAUAUUCAAUGAUCACCCUGCAUGAGAUGGCAGAGACAGACGAUGGCUGGCUGGAAGUGGUCCAGUCUCUGAUCAGGGUGAUUCCCCUGGAGGACCCUCUGGGACCAGCUGUUAUUACCCUGUUGCUUGAUGAAUGCCCCCUGCCAACCAAAGACGCGUUACAAAAGCUUUCAGAGAUGCUUAAUCUGAGUGGCUCAGCAGCACGCCAGGACGCUGCCAUCCCUGCCAAACACCGCAACACCACGGCUGUCCUGGGGUGCCUGGCGGAGAAACUGGCAGGUCCAGCUAGUAUUGGUCUUCUGAGCCCUGGGACUCUGGAGUACCUGUUGGAGAGCCUGAGUUCAGAGGCUCACCCCACCGUCAUGCUGUUUGCACUCAUUGCUCUUGAAAAGUUUUCACAGACAAGUGAGAACAAACUGACCGUCUCCGAUUCGUGCAUCAGUGACCGGCUGAUGGUUCUGGAGACCUGGGCAAACCACACCGACUUCCUCAAGCGUCAGGUCGGAUUCUGCGCGCAGUGGAGUUUGGACAAUCUUUUUCUGAAAGAGGGCCGGCAGUUCACCUAUGAGAAGGUCAACCUGAACAAUAUUAACGCCAUGUUGAACAGCAACGAUGUCAGCGAGUAUCUCAAAAUCUCUCCCAGCGGGCUGGAGGCGCGCUGUGACGCCUCCUCCUUCGAGAGUGUCCGCUGCACGUUCUGCGUGGACUCGGGCGUCUGGUACUAUGAAGUGACCGUCAUUACUUCAGGAGUAAUGCAGAUUGGCUGGGCCACAAAAGACAGUAAAUUCCUGAACCAUGAGGGCUAUGGGAUAGGCGACGAUGAGUACUCUUGCGCGUACGAUGGCUGCCGGCAGCUCAUCUGGUACAAUGCCCGGAGUAAACCCCACUCGCACCCCUGCUGGAAGGAAGGUGACACGAUAGGAUUUCUGCUGGACCUAAUUAAGAAACAGAUGGUUUUCUACUUAAACGGCAACCAGCUUCCCCCAGAGAAACAAGUCUUCUCAUCGGCCACAUCUGGCUUUUUCGCAGCGGCUAGCUUUAUGUCGUACCAGCAGUGUGAGUUCAACUUCGGAGCGAAGCCCUUCAGACACCAGCCUCCUGUGAAGUUCAGCACUUUCAAUGACUACGCCUCUCUGGCGUCCGAUGAGAAGAUCAUCUUGCCAAGACACCGACGCCUGGCUCUGCUAAAGCAAGUGAGCAUCAGAGACAACUGCUGCACCCUGUGCUGCGAUCAGAUGGCCGACACAGAGCUCAGGCCAUGUGGUCACAGCGGCAUGUGUAUGGAGUGUGCCUUACUGCUGGAGACCUGCCCGCUGUGUCGCCAGGACAUUAAGAGCAGAGUGAGACUCAUAUCGCACGUGUCCUGACACUGGAGCUCUCCCACGCCCUCUCUGUGUUGCUGGCCUGAGACCAGGGCGUGCCCAGAACCAGCCCGUGUUGCGUACAGAGCGCAGGGCACAUUAUAUCGUCUGACGGCACCUUUUCCCUUGAAACUGUGGUCUUAACUUGAGCGGUGGACGACGGCGUCGAGGCCUGGCCCGGGCAGCUCUCGCUGCAGGCCCGAUCUGUCCCCUCUGCAGGGCACGGGGAGGUGGGGAUGGAUCCCUCUCAAGAGGCCUGGAGAGCUCCAAGGAAAUGGCCAGCAAGGACUGGGGGGGGAGGGUAACCUUUAAGGGACACUCCAAGGAAUACUGGGCAAGGUCAGAGACCCCAUGACCCUGCCGUUACCUCAAGACUGGGGUUUACAAGACCAGAGUGGGAGGACUGCAGCUUGUACAGCAAACACAUGCAGGACACCUGCAAACAGCUGAAUCACCUCUAAAAAUACUUUUAUUACCUCAGAGAAACAAUGGAAAUGCUGGGCGAGUGUGAUCAGAGGAACUGAAGCUUUCAGAAGCAUUGAUUAGCAGAUCCAUGUGAAUCGACACUAAAUAUUUUUUUCCUCUAGCUCCUUUAUUCUGAUUAAACAACAGAAGUACGUUGGCCCCAUCAUGUGAUCAGCUGUGGUUUAAUGUGAAGAUGUAGUCUGAUCCAAAGAGUCUCUUGGAGGUGUGUUAGCUGUACAAGUCCAUUCUCACUCUUCUCUUCAGAAACCUUGGUCUUACUGUGCUGCAGAUGUAGCAGUGUUAAAACAUUGGGGCGUUUUUGUCUUUUAAUAAGUAAAAAGCAAUUAAAAGGAAAAUGUCUUCUUAAUUUAUCCCACAUUGAAAAUGUAUAUACAGGUGGUGGUAACCGAGAGAGACGGCUGUUUUCCGUCUGGUUGAUCGGGAUUUUAACAAAAACCCGGAAGAGCGACUUCUGUCUCUGGGUCUUUCUUUCUCGUUCGUCUGCUUGACCCGUUUCUGGAGUGAUUCUUAACAUGCCGACGAUGGCUUUGCAAAAAAAAAAAAUGUAUCCUACAAAUAUAUCUUCCGAAAUAUAUUUGUAUCCGGUUAAACAUACUUUUGGUAAUAAAACUUGAAGGUAUAAACAAAAGUUCCUUCAACUUGGGCUUAGAAAUGUUUCCUUUUUUUAACGGGUAUUGGCUCAAGGACUGAGUGUGCACUAAGCAUCAGACAACAUUCCUAGGAACUUCUGCAGGAUAUGCUCAACACAACCACUUAAAGCGAUUUUACGUUAAGACUCCCCCGUUCCUAAUGCGGAUAAUUUUAUCAAGUAGGUUCUGUUUGCGUAUGGAAAGCAUUAAAAAUUCAGUUCUGUAUUAGGCAGGAAACAAUUCUGUGCGGAACGUCGAAGAUAAUCGCAUUGAGCCCUAAACUUGACAUUUAAAUAAGAAUUCCGCAGUUGGAUUAGCGAAAUCAAAAUUACUUGCUGAAGUUCCUGUUUUGUUUUUAUACUGAAAGGUUUGUCGAUUAAAACAGUGUUUUAUAGUAACGAUUUGUUACAUUAACGGUUUAUCGAAUGGGGAAAAAAACGGCUCCUACGCUGCUUUGAACCCUGGAAACUGGAUUACAGUUAAUGGCAAAUGCUUUAUUUUUUUUUAAUCAUGAUAAAUUUGUAUUUUGUUAACUGAUCCUGUCGGUAGAACGUCUGCACAGUGGGCAUAAGAUCAUGAUGUUCUGUUAGGAAGACCAUGGAAUAAGGAAAUCCCAUGUUGUACAGAAGCGGUUUUCAAGAAAAUAAAUGCUUUUUGAGCGUC